ACUAUUCCUGUUUUAAUAACAAAGUAGUGUAAAAUGGUCAUUAAAAAGAAAUAAACAUUCUUACAGAUUCGCAUUAUCUUUGGAAAUAAUCCCAUUGUGUGAUAAAUACGAUGUAUGUGAAAUCGCCGUUGUUGUCAUGAAAAUCUGUAAUCACAAUGUCUGAACCGAUUGAGCUAGAAUCGGACAAUAUUUGCAGUACUGAAGAUGCAUUUGAGGAGUUUCAAUGUGUUUCCAUGUCUGCACAACAAAAGUACAUAAAGCUUUCAGAUCUCGUAUCACCGCAGUCUUCACCAUGUGAUUACAAUUCAGACAAGUCCAAUGAGAAAGAUUGCGACGAUUCAAAAAAAGCCGAUACCUCGGCUAAAACGGAUAAGGACAUAAACAUAGAUAUACCAUCGCCUACUCAACAAGUUGGUAACCUGAAAAAUUCAGGUUCGUCCAAAACAUUGAAUACAUUUAUUAAUAAAGCUGUGGAAUCAGAUAUUCAAGUUGGCAGUCGAAGAUUGUCAAAAGCCGACAGUACAAUUGGAGGCAGUACUGUACAGGAAUCCCAGACUGUGUUAAAUUAUUGUAAUAAGAGCAACCAACAGAUUACUGAAUCAGAAAAUGUAAUAUGUGAUAAAAAUAGAAGUGUAAUUGUUGGCAAAAAAAGAGGGAGGAAACCAAAACAAAAAAUAAUAGGAACUCGUAAACCGUCAUCUCCACCACAAACAUAUUUACAAGAAGACAUAUUGUCUACAAAUAUGUUAUCAAAUCAGACAGAAGAUGAAGAAAGCUUAGAAAUUAAUAAAAACCAUCAUAACAGACCCAGUAAAGAUAAAAUAUUUGAAACAAACAAAACAACUACAUCUGAAGCAGAUUCUACUAAUAACAUUGAGAUGUCAGCUGAGUGUACAAAUAGCUCAAAUGAUUUGAAAAUGAAAAUAUGUCCAAAAGCCAAGGAAAAGAUAUUUCCAUCUCACAGUUAUAAAGAUCUUACGACACAACUAAGUAACCAAGACAUUCGAAAUCAACAUAAUAGCUCUAAGGUUGAACUAAUUAGAAGAAAGCGAGGUAGACCUAAAAAAACACAUGAUGAUAAAAUUGUCAACACAACGACAAAUGUUGAUAAAAAUCAGUCGGAAGUUAUAAUUGAUGACUUACCAAUCCUUCAUAAUACAAUGUUAAAAAAGUCAAUAACAGGUUCUGAAGAUAAAUUUGAAUUGCAAUCCUCUGAUGAGCCUGAAGCACCAGUUAUAAAGUCUCAAAUAAUAACACUAAAUGAUGAAGAUGUAAAUAUAAGUGAAAAUGAAAGAAAAAAAAGUCACUCAGUCACUGAAAAUCAAGAUUCUGAUGGUGAUGAUGAGAUAAGCUUGUUAUCUUUGAAAUCAUUUGCUGCUCAACAAUUGCUCGAGAAUAGAGAUAUUUUAUCACCGAUAAAUAAACCUGAUGAUCAGGAACAAAGUAACAGUACUAAGGUUGAUACAAUUAAAAAAAAAAGAGGUAGACCUAAAAAAAUAUAUGAAAAUAAAAUGAUAAAUAGAUCACUAAAUGCUGAUAAAAAUCAGUCGGAAGCCACAAAUCAUGACUUACUGAUUGCCCAAAAUUCAACUGUACUCAAAACACCAAUAAUUUCUGAAGAUAACCUGGAAUUUAAAUCCUCUGACAUACUAAAAUCACAAGUUUUACGCCCCCCAAUAAUAACACUAAAUGAUGAAGCCGAAAUUUCCAUAAACAUUGAACAAAAAAAUUGUAGCAAAGAAACAAUCACUGAAAAUCAAAUUUCUGAUGAUGAUGAGAUAAGCUUGAUGUGUCUAAAAUCAUAUACACCUAAACAAUUUCUCGAUAAUAAAGAUAUUACAACACCACUAAGCACACCUGAUAAUCAAGAACAAUGUAAGAGCUCUAAUGUAGAACCAAUUAAAAAGAAACGAGGUAGACCUAAAAAAAAAUAUGAAAAGAAGACAACCAGCAGAUCACCAAAUGUUGAUAAAAAUCAGUCACAAGAGAUAAAUGAUGGAUUACAGAUUGUUCAAAGUUCAACUGGGCCCAAAACAUCGACCACAUAUUCUGAAAAUAAAGAACCCUCUAAUAAGUCUGAAACACAAGUUACAGAAUCUCAGGUAAUUACAUUAAAUGAUGAAGAUGAAAAUAUUCAAUCUUACUUAAGUGAAAAUGAACAAAAAAAUUGUCCCAUUGAGACUGAAAAUCAAAUUUCCAAUAAUGAUGAGAUAUGUAUGCUACCUCUUAAUUCAAACAAUACCAAUAUAGAUACUUCUAAAAGUGAUACUACCAAAAUUUUACUUGAAUCUGAAAAAUCAGUAAAUAAUGUUACAAAUGAAAGCUGUGUUCCCAAUAGUGAUGAAGCUGAACAGCCUUUAGUAAAUGAUACUUCAGGAAGGCCCGUGCGUAGAGUAAUUCGAAAGCCAAUACAAUAUGAUGAGGAAUCUGAUGAAGAUCCUUUUGCCAAUGUAGAAUUGUCUGAUGAUGAUCUUACAAAUGGAAAGAAAAAUAGAUAUUAUUCUGAUGAUGAAUAUAUUCCCCAUGGCACUAAAAAAAGAAAAGGUAAAGCUAUCACUGAAUCAGACUCCUCAGAUAGUGAAAUAAUGGAUGAAAUAAAAAAAAAGAAGUCAUCAAAAUUACUAGAUGGACCUUCUCCUAAAAAAAGAGGAAGAAAGAGUAAAGCAGAAAAAUCUGCUGCUGAAGCUUGUAAUGAACAAAAUAAAUACUGUAAUGUCAGAAUUGGAGACACUAAUGAAUGUUUAGAAUCUUCGAUAAAUCAGUUCCAUGAUGAUAAUGACAACAAUGAAACCUUAUGUGAACUUAAAUCUUCGAGUACCACAGAUGAAUUUGAAAGUUUUCUUGCCAAGAAAAUAAAAGGGACUAGUUUAAAAAUAAAAAAAUUAUCUACUUCUGAUAUGACUGAUAAUGCUCUAACAACCCUGCAAAUACCUGUGCUUGAUCCAAAAGAGAUCAAAAAGUCCAUUGACACUAGUUCUCAGACAGAAACUGCCCUUACAAAAUCAGCUGCAGUCCAAACAUGCCAUCGAUAUAACCUACCCAUGAAAGCAAACGUUUCUUUGUCUGAAGGUCAAUCAGUAAAGGCUUGUGAAUUUUUAAGUAAUAUUGUAAACACAACAGUCGAGCUCGGGCAACUUAUGACACAGAAGUCGGAAGAUUUCAUAAAGAGGAAAAUAAAUGUAGAAAAUGUUACUGAUACACUAAAAAUGGAUUACUGUGUAAAGAAAUCCUUCCUUUUGUUCAAAUUGGCUAAACACAAUCUCACACAAAUGGAAGAGGAUUUGGCUACACAAUAUAACACAUUUUUAAAAGAGCAGAAUCUCUCAUGGGUUAGAGAAGAAGAAAAGGAAAUUACUGCAAGUACAAAAGUGAGUGAUGAUAGUGAUUGUGAAAUUGUUGAAGAAAUAGUACAGCCCACUAAGGAAGUUAAAAAAACAAAACCUCUAUUCAAUCCUAAAACCGUGUUCCUAAACAAAGAAUUAUCUAUUAAAAUUGCAAAAAAACCUGAGGAAAAGAAAAAAAUACCAAUAAAAGGACGGAAUACACUAUGGAUUAGUAACACAGUGCUUUUAAAAAAAGUGAAACCUUCACAGUCUUUUUUAGCCCAGGACAGCCGAAAUAAAAAACCUCCUGAUCAAAACUAUGUAACCAAGAAAAUGGUUAGUGAUUUUUUUCUAAAUUACUAUUACAAGAAAAUCUAUGAAGUCUGCAAUGCAGUUGCAUCAAUGAACUGGAUAAAUGUAAAUACAAGUUGCGAGUGCUACCAUUUUGUAACAGGCAUUAAUUUCUCAGCCGCAUCUUGUGUUAAUGAAUCUGAAGAUAUUACAACUAUAUCAUCUACCAGUUUGGAUAUGAUUGAAGAACCUUCACCAAAAAAAUUUAAUCCUGAAACACUAUUUAAACUGUGUACUCAGGUUCUACAAAAGCAACUCCAUAGUGCAGAUAACCAUUUAACUCUUGCAGAAAGUAAAAAAUUUCAAAAUCUCAGACAAUGUGAUUCCUGUGAGAAUCCCAAAACCUUGUUUUGGUGUUGUAUGGAUUUACUACAGAAGUGUCUACAAAAAAAUAACACCUCGGAUUUGAACAAUUUAUCUAAAGAGAAAAGAUUAGGUCAUGAAGUUGUUUUAAAAAAAAUUCAAAAGCCUCAGUCGUUAUUACAAUGUAGUUUACAAGUCCUAUUACAUACCAGUAACAAUAAUUUAGAGAGUAAAGAAGCUUUCCUAAUGAACAAAUCCACUACAAAUGGCCUGAAUUUUGUGAUGAAAAUAGAAAAUAUGAAUAAUUUUUCCAAUGCAGAGCAGAUGUAUAGACCAAAAACAUUACUAUCAUUUAGCUUAAUUGCACUACAAAAGGAUAAGGUCGGAUAUUUACAAAAUCAAAACACAGCUAUACUUCCAGAUCCAGAGAGAGAUAAAAUACAUUUUCAUGGUCUACAGUAUGCAUGGUCUACACCAAAAACAUUAUUUAAAUUGUGUAUAGAAAAAUUAGAAAAUAAGUAUAACAAAAGUGAUGAUUACAAUAAUAAAAUUGUUAACAACUUGCAAACUAAAAUAGAAAUGAAAAAUGCCUUAUCCUUAAAAUCUAUAUGCUACAAUGUAAUAGUGAAAAUACUACAGCCAAUAGAUUCAACACCACAAGAAACUGAUUUAACAUCUACAAAACAAAAUGUAAAAUCGCUAUUUUCACUGUGUGUUGAAUACAUACAGCAAAUCCAAAAACGGGAACAACGUAAGUACAACAUCGAUUUUGAUGAAGUACCUUCAGGGAAUCCAAAUGAAUUAAAACAGAUAGCAUUUUUAAAUCUAUGCAGAACCUUCUUCAGUGAUAAAAGUCUAGAACUGGAAAAUAUGAAUGAUCAAGUAGAAGCUUUUACUAUAAAUUCUAUAAAUACACUAUCAGAAGAAGCUUACUUUAACAUAGAGAGAACUUUGGAUGUUCGAAAUUCUGAAUAUACAGAUGAUUCAGAUAUAUAUGAUGAAGCUACUGAAUUUGAUCUCAAUGAAAUUGAAGAAAACAAUCUGAAUGAUGAGGAAAACAACUGGGUAACACAUGUACAAAUGCAAGAGCUACGCUCAUGUUUCCCUACCGCUUCACCUGAUCAAACUGCAUGUAAUGAAUCAAACAUCCAACCAGUAUUUGCUCAGAUUAAACUAGAACCCGAAGAUGAGAAUACUGAAAAUAUAGAUAUAUCAAUAGUGAAAACAGAAUCAGUACAUAAUCCCGAUGAAAUGACAAUAAUUCCAGAAAGUAUAAUUAGUAAAUCAGAGCUUAUUGAAGCCCCAGAUACUGAGGAUGUAGAAAUCAAUAGAACAAUUCGUUCUAGCUAUGAUGUCAACUUAUUUGAAACCUUCGUUUCUAACAACGAACUUACGCAAGCUGUAAAUGAAAAGGCAGACAGUAUAUUUAGUCAAUCGGAUUUAAAAGUUCAAAGACACCAUGAACCAGAUUAUGACCAAGAGUGUGACACAAACAAUAGCUUAUUAAUACCACAAACAUAUGAAACUAUAAAGAUUGGAAAUGCGAAAAAUUCUUUAAUGGAGAGUAGUUCUGAUGAAGGACCAAGCUCAAAGAAAGCACCUAAUAAAAAAAAACUUGACAAACGACGAGCUAAGCAGAAAAAAGUUGAUCCAAAAUCUGUCAACAAAGAAAAAAUAUCUAAAGGAAAAGACAAACUUAAUAGUGAAGUAGAUACAUUCACAAGAAAAAUGAGAGAGAAAAUUAGACAAAACCAAAAGAAAAAUGACGUCUCUGACUCUGAAAGUGAUAUCCCAUUAGACAUUAGAAAAAUCAAAAGUGACAAAAAGAAAAGUAACAUUGAAAAAAAUAACAUAGAUGAAACUAAACAAUCCACAAAUAAAGUACCUGAAGUUGAAAUACAGUGUAACAAUGUGGACUCUACCCAACAAUUUCAAGACAACAAUGAGUCAUCCCAAGAACCUACUGAGAUAGACUCAUUCAUUGGAUUCUCUGCCACUGAACUGAAUGAAACCACUGAAUUUCAAAAAUAUUUGAAAUACUUAUAUGAUAAAUUGAUCCCUAACAUCGCUGAUGAAAAAAAAUUAGGAACCUCAGUGAUCACUCAAAUAGAAAACAAACGAAGCUCUGUAACUCAAAUAGAAAGUGAACAACCUAAUAAUAGACCUGAAACACCAUUAAUCAAUUAUGAAGACCCUGCAGAGGAAGUGCAGUGCGAGCCAAGUUUACAUAUAUUUAAUGAUUUUAUGGAAGACUUUCAAAAAACUAACGACAAUAAUCCGCACAUGCUUAACAGUGCAUGUAAGUAUACAGAACGAAACGGCUGGCAAUGUUACCCUAUAAAUGUUAAAGACACAAAACUCUACCAGCAAACACAAAUCAUUUUGGAUAAACUACCAGAAUCGUUUGUCAAUGUGUACUUUCAAUACCAGGAAAUUGCAAGUAAGGAUAAUCAGGAUCGGGAAAUUGACAGAUUGACAGACUUAACCUCCUUAAACCGUAUACCAAAAGAAAUGACCACUAAAUCUAGGCCCAGAAGCAAAGAAUCAAAACAUGAGAAAAACCAAGAGAAUGUCUCUUCUGAUGCAAGACUACCGCAUUUAGAACAACACGAGCUUAGUCCUUCAGAUGAUGAUGUUGAUGCUGAUGACAGCAUAGCGCCUGCAAUGCCGACCCGCAACGUGGAAAAUAAUAUAGCCAAGGAUUCUCUAAUGAAUGACAGCGGUGAUGAGGAUAAAACAGAAUGUAUAGAAGAAGAACCAGAACACAUUUCAGUCCCAAAGAGACCCGGUCCGAAGUCAAAGACUGUCCCAGAGAGUAAGGCUGAGAAAUCAAUAAUGUUGACAGCUGAUAAAGUAAUGAAUAAGGAGUUGAAUCUUCUGAACACUCCGGCCGUGAUCCAGGAAGAACCGAUAGCUACAACAAGAAAAGGCCCUGUUACAAGAAAUAAAUCGAAUCCAAAGCCGAAAUCUAGCCCCAACCAACGAGGUGUAGCUACCAAAGAAGACUCUUCAUCCGAGGAAGAGAAACUCUGGGUGAAUACCAAAGAGAAGCUCCUCAAAAGAUUGGAGAAGAAAGAUAAUGCCAGCGUGGAAGACGCCAAACGUGCCAAGCUUGUGAAUGAGUUCAUAGAGCGGCGCGGAGACGGACUCGACUCGAGGAAGCGGACGCGCAAUCCGCGCUAUCGGAAAUCUAAAAAGUUCUUACUGGAACGAGAAAAACAACUUAAAACCCUGUCGAAAGAAUUAUAUGGGGAAGCCGAGGGCGGACCAAGCGGGAAGGGCUGUGGAAACCAUUUAUUCAAAGGUCGCAGAAACAUUAGAAAGGUGAUCGACAAAAAAUCGCUGACCCAUAGAACUGUGCUGGCCAACGUAGAGGAGUUGGAGAGGAAACGGAGACUGCUUGCGAGACAAACCAGGCUGAGAGAACAUCUUGGUUGCGAAGAGGAUGUGAACGUGAUGGUGAUCAAUGACGAAGUCUGCCUGGAGUACGACUUCGAGGAGAACCGUCCCGUCGUCACCAUACACCCCUUCUUCACGAAGGUCAUGAAGGCUCACCAGUACGAAGGAGUGAAGUUUAUGUGGGACGCUUGCUUCGAGAGCGUGGAGCACAUCGCGGCCGGGAAGCCGGGCAGCGGCUGCAUCCUCGCGCACUGCAUGGGGCUCGGCAAGACGCUGCAGGUGCUGGCCCUGCUGCACACUGUACUGACGCACCCCGGGGUCGGUAUCCAGCGGGUGCUCGUGUGCUGCCCUCUAUCGACCGUGCUGAACUGGGUCGACGAGAUCCACAAAUGGAUCGGGCCUGUCACCAAUCAAAUAAAGCCGCGUAAAUUGAGAAAGAAACUUCAGGUAUUCGAACUGUCCAAACUGAAAAAGACAUACGAGAGAGCAUACCAACUUGAGGACUGGUACAACGGCGGCGGUAUCUUUAUAAUCGGCUAUGAGCUGUUCCGGAGUCUGUCCACGCUCGACCCUGAGCUGGACGACAUCCGGCCGACCAUCGUCAACAAGAUCCGCACCGCCCUACUGGACCCCGGGCCCGACAUCAUCGUGUGCGACGAGGGGCACCUGCUCAAGAACGACUGCUCCGUGCUCGCCGUCGCCAUGAGCCGCGUCGCCACCCGGCGCCGGAUAGUGCUCACCGGAACUCCCAUGCAGAAUAAUCUAAGGGAAUACUUCUGCAUGGUCAAUUUCGUCAAACCGAAUCUGUUGGGGACGUACUCGGAGUUUUCCAAUCGAUUCGAAAAUCCCAUAAUGAACGGUCAACACCGCGACUCGAGACAAGAAGACAUAAGACUUAUGAAAGCUCGCACGCACAUCCUGCACAAAGUUCUCGAAGGAUGCCUCCAAAGGCAAGAAGCUUCGGUGCUCUACCCGUAUCUGCCCAAGAAACAUGAAUACACCGUUUUUAUAGCGCUGACGCAGUGCCAGUGGGACCUGUACAAGCACUACCUGCUGCACUACGGGAAACAAACAAAGAACAGCAUCCUGAAAGACUUCCACAUCCUGCAGAAGAUUUGGUCGCACCCUCAGGUGUUACACAUAUUUCAAACUAAAGCCAGAGACGAGAAAGCCAAAAUUAAAGCCGAGAAGUUGGAGGACGAUCUCGCCCACGAGGACAUAACAUCGGAGGACAUCAAGCCAGCGGAAACAGAAGUGUGGUGGCUCCAGUACCUCGAUGGUGGGAAGAUGCUGGACAGCCUCGAGAGCUCCAACAAGUUUGCUGCCGUGUUUCAAAUAUUAGAGGAGUGCACGGCGCUUGGAGAUAAAGUUUUAAUAUUCUCAACGUCGCUCUUCACGCUGGAUGCCUUGGAGUACUUCUUACGGAAGAUCAAGAACUGGAGUCUGGGUCACGACUACUACCGUCUCGACGGAUCGGUCCCCCCGGAGGUCCGACAGAAGUGGUGCAGAGAGUUCAAUGCCGAGAACAACAUUAAGACGAAACUGUUCCUGAUCUCGACCCGGGCGGGCUCGCUGGGGCUCAACAUGACGGCGGCCAACCGGGUCAUCAUCCUGGACACGUCGUGGAACCCGGCGCACGACAUACAGAGCAUCUUCAGGGUCUACCGCUUCGGGCAGAGGAAGGACUGCUACAUAUAUCGAUUCGUUGCCAUGGGAACAAUGGAACAGAAGAUAUACGAGCGGUCGGUGACGAAGCAAGCGGUCGCCUGCCGCGUCGUGGACGAGCAGCAGAUAGAGCGCCACUACAACAGCGCCGAGCUCACGGAGCUCUACCGGUUCGACGAGACAGGCGCGAGCGUGGCGGGCGGCGUGGCGGUGGGCGUGCAGGACGUGGCGCUGCUGCGGCUGGCGCGCGACGCCGCCAUCCACGCGGUGCACGAGCACGACUCGCUGCUGCGCGGCUCCACCGAGCCCGGCCUGCCCGAGCACGAGCGCGCCGCCGCCUGGAUGCAGUUCCAGCAGGAGCACGCGCACAAACAAAUGCAAAAUGAACUCGCAGCAAACAACACAAGGAUUUCGAGCAAACUUCAGGGCCACGAGUACGCUAAGUCGCCCGUUCCGCAACCAUCGCCAAGAAAAGACGAAGGUCCAAAAACGAAACGAGGAAAGAAAAACAGCGCGGUCCCCCCGCAGGACUGCGCGGCCGAGAGCAGCAUCCAAGGAUCUCUAAUCAACGAGAUAAGGAACAUACUAAUCAACCACAAUUUCCAAAUAAGUAAAAGCGAAGACUUACUUAACUUUGUCAAUAAAGUACGGAUGAUAGUGUCGACGGGAAGCCCCUCCGACGACGCGGUGGCGAUGAGCGUGGCCGGCCUGCUGCUGCAGCAGCGCUGGAUGGCCAUGCCCGUCGCCAUCGCCAUGGUGUGCGAGGCGAUAAAGCGACGCGUAGUCGAGGAAGGACUAAAGCAAACGCACGUUGUCGGACCGGACGCGACGCCGCCGGCCGUGACGCCGCCGGACGCGACGCCGCCGGACGCGCCGCAGACGAGCGCCGCCCAACGUCAAGACGCGUCUGUGGGAAGCAGACGGACGAAACGGAAAGCGGCCAUAGCCGCGGAACGACACCUCGACAUGAUCGUGCCGAAUCUACUUGAUGACGACAGCGAUUUGGAUACCGAACCCGCCUAUACCGAACCCGCACAUACGAACCCAACGCGGAAGACAGAACAGAAAUCUGGAAAGAAAAUCAAGAUGACAACUACUAUCGAUAUGGAACCCGCAAAUAGUGCACGUGAUAAUAUAGAAAUGCAUCGAUCUAAUACUGUCGAACGGGAGCCAGUCAAUGCGGCCGCAAGCAUACCGACCGCGCCUCCGAAAGACGCUGAAGUCGUUGACUUAGAUUCGGAGCCACAGAACGAUACACCCGACGUUAUAGUGGACAGCGACGAGGGCGUCGAAGUGAACAGCGUUAUAUCCAACCGCCCGAAACGGAUGACGACAUCGGAGCGAUCUAGAAAAAAUAAAAACGCUAAAUCGAAUAACAAAGAGACCGACAAUGAUACGUACAGCAUUUUGAUUGAAAACGAUAGUGAGUUAGCGAAGGACCCUCAGCACGGCGCGCCACGCCCACACGACACGUCAGCCGAAAGACCGAUUAAGAUAAAGAAAGUCGCUCAAAUAGAUGUGGAGCUCGUGAGUAACGCUGAGCCCGAAGCCGCCAUCGCGCUGAGCGACGACGACGAGCCCAUAGUCAAAACCAACAAGAUCACGUACACGCCCAAAACGAGCAAGAAAAAGAAACCACAAGGAAAGAUUAAUCUGCCUCCGCUACUAUUGACAAACGAGAACUUCAUAAAGAUCGUCGCCCACACGUACCUGUCCGGCAACCCCAAGCUGGACCGCGACGCGGCGCUACUGGCCGCCCAGUACAGCACGCUUAAAGCUCUCAAGGAAGUCGAAGCUACGGGGAAGCUCCUCGACAGUGGCCCCAUCUAUGAUAUAGCCGUUAAGGAACUAGGCGUCGAACUUCUUACGAAACUGCACGGCACGAUGUCGAAACCGACGAGGAGUGCUGAAUAUUCAGCGGCGAGUCUCCUAAAGAAAUCCUUAAUGAAUAUAGAAAAUCAGAUCAAAGAGGACACUGCCAACGAACCAACGGUCAGGACGCACGAGCACCCGCCCCCGCCCCCGCCCCGCGUGCCGCCGCUCAUCAUUCAACGAAAUAAAAAAACUGGACUGAAUACUGCAAUCAACGGACAUCCGAAGGGCAGCUUCGAUCACAACGACGAUCCGAACGUUGAGAAAUUGUCGCAGCACGAACCUAGGAAACACGUCGUCCCGAUCAGAAUGUACCAGCGCCCCACCGCGCCCGCGCCCGCCACCGUCCACACGACGCUGACUAGCGACGAGUGCAUCCUGCCCGACGACGAUGACGUCAUCAUCAGCGACAUCCUGCCCGCCGUCUCCUGCCCGGUGCCCACUCCCUCCACGCAGACCUCUUCCGCGAACAAAGUCGUGGCCGGAACCUCAAGGGACUACAGCAUAGCAACAGGAUUGCCCCAAUACCUUGGUCGCCCCGAUCAUCCCCGGGUACCGGAAGAUAAUCAAGCAGCGGUCGUGAACACCGAGCGUGCCGUCUCCACGCAGGGCCCGGCGGAUUGUAUAUGUCUGGACAGCGACGACGACGAGGGCCCCGCCCCCCCGCACCCCGUCUCCAUAUCGUACACCCCGCCGGUCCCCGCGCCCCAGCGCUCUGACGGUCAGCCGCAGUACAUCACCGGCGACACCAAACGGACACCGAAACCGCCGGCCGCCGAAACAAUCGCAGCCGCGAAUCCCACGGCGCCACCNACGCAGGGCCCGGCGGAUUGUAUAUGUCUGGACAGCGACGACGACGAGGGCCCCGCCCCCCCGCACCCCGUCUCCAUAUCGUACACCCCGCCGGUCCCCGCGCCCCAGCGCUCUGACGGUCAGCCGCAGUACAUCACCGGCGACACCAAACGGACACCGAAACCGCCGGCCGCCGAAACAAUCGCAGCCGCGAAUCCCACGGCGCCACCAGUCGUACUCACGUACGGGCGCAAUAGGAAAUCUCUAAGCCUAGCUGUGAAAACCACCGCCCCUCCAAUCGCCGCGGUCCCCCCAACCCACGUGAGCGUUUCGGAGCCCCCUCGCACGGCAGACGUCGUGAGCCCGGUCGACAAGGCGAAGUCGCAGGAGCCCCGGGCACCGGCGCCGGCCGAAGCGCCGCCAGAACCAAUGUCGAUGUUCAAGAACGUUGUACACAUCAUGGCGCACGACGCGCAUCCGCUAUCGAAAUCCGAGCCCUCGCACAAAGCCGGCAAUAGAUUACAAACCGUCAGGUUGCUGCCUGUAAAAAAGCUGAGAGCUCAGGUCGACGACCCAGUGGCUUCGUCAUCGAAAUCGCUUGAAUGGAACGCGCAGCCAAAAGCGAAGAGAGCGCCCAAAUCGAACCGACCGGCCGACAACAGGACCGUUAUAAAUCUCACGGAACUCGGACCCGUGAGUUCGGUAACUGCGCCCUCAAAGCACACAACGAGCGCCUCCACCUCCAAGGUGCCGCUAAGUAAAUCGGUGACCAUCGUCAGCAAGCCCAGCAACAUCGCGUUGCAUAAAAAAACGAUAUGUUUGAUCGCACCAAAGAUGAUGACGAUAAAGGCAGUAAACGAUAAUAAAAAACGCCCGAGCAUAUUGACGAAAGUAAAACCUGUACUCGCGACGAAGCUUGUGAUGAAAGACGUCAAAACCAAGAAGAGAACGAUCCCGUCCCCGCCGCAGGAGCCCGCGAAGAAACGGAAGGUUAACGAAAUGUCCCUCGAAGAUUUCGACAUUGAUAAUAUAGACGACAUCAUAGAAUUGGAUUAACGAUUGAGGCUUUCCUGAAAAUCUACUAAAAGAUGUUACAUAAAUGAAGACUAUUAUGGAACGCAGCUUGGUGCCGUCUAUAUACCACGUGUUUUUUUUAAAUUAAUUUAAUAAAACUAAAGCAGCUUUUUUUUUAAACACGCGUUCUUAGUUCGCCUUAAAAAUUGUCAAUACAUUUUCUUGUUUGCAAAAAAAGAAAAAAAAUUCAUCAGCUGUCAAUUUAUUGUUUAUUGAGACAUUAAAUCAGUUUGAGCGUAUUGAUUGACAAAUUUUAAUGCCACUUCACAGAACGCAUAGCAAAUUAGCAUUCUCGUAUUAUUUCUAUAAUAACAUUAAUCUUGAAUAUAUGUCGCCAUCAUUUAAAUAAAUCUAAUCAACAAAUAACUACAAGCAAUACGUAUGAUGUAUUUUAAUGUGUUCAAAAUUGCACAACGUCCGUGGAAGUGCCGUCUUUACGUUUUUUUUUUUUUUUUGUAAAUUGUCUAUGCUUUAUAAUUUCAACUGACGUAGUUUCCUUUAAAAUUUAAACUUUGUAGUUUUUAAACAGUUUAAAUAGAAUACGUAGGUAAGCGACGAAAUAAUUUCAUUCAUGCCAAUGAAUACACAAUAUUAAUUGUUUUUCAUCUGAAAAAAUAUUACAUAUCGAGGGCUAAAAGGUUAUUUGGUUUAAGAGACUUUUGACUUAAUCCGCGGCGUUCAUAUUUUGUAAUUAAAGGUCCGUUUUAUUUGGUACUAGCUGACACGGCAGACUUCGUAGUGCCUCAAUCGAUAAAUAAAAGACCUAAACUUU